UUAAUCUAAUCUUUUCUGUGGUAGAGGGAAAAGGAGCAGUUCCGCAAGCUGUUCAUUGGCGGCUUAAGCUUUGAAACAACAGAGGAAAGCUUGAGGAAUUACUACGAGCAAUGGGGAAAGCUUACAGAUUGCGUGGUAAUGCGGGAUCCUGCAAGCAAAAGAUCAAGGGGGUUUGGUUUUGUAACAUUCUCCUCAAUGGCCGAAGUUGAUGCAGCCAUGGCUGCAAGACCUCACACAAUUGAUGGAAGGGUGGUGGAGCCUAAGAGAGCUGUGGCUAGAGAGGAAUCUGGCAAACCUGGUGCUCAUGUUACUGUGAAGAAACUAUUUGUUGGUGGUAUUAAAGAGGACACCGAGGAGCACCACCUUCGUGACUACUUUGAGGAAUAUGGAAAAAUUGACACUAUUGAAAUCAUUACUGACAGACAGUCUGGUAAAAAGAGAGGGUUUGGAUUUGUUACAUUUGAUGACCAUGAUCCUGUGGAUAAAAUUGUAUUGCAGAAGUAUCACACCAUUAAUGGCCACAAUGCAGAAGUAAGGAAAGCCCUCUCUAGACAGGAAAUGCAGGAAGUUCAAAAUUCUAGGAGUGGGAGAGGAGGGAACUUUGGUUUUGGUGAUGCACGUGGAGGUGGUGGCAACUUUGGUCCGGGACCUGGCAGCAAUUUCAGAGGUGGAGCUGGUAAGACAGAUGGAUAUGGGAGCGGCCGUGGGUUUGGUGAUGGGUAUAAUGGAUAUGGUGGAGGGCCUGGAGGUGGCAACUUCGGUGGCAGCCCUGGUUACGGAGGAGGAAGAGGAGGAUAUGGUGGAGGAGGACCUGGAUAUGGCAACCAGGGUGGGGGCUAUGGAGGUGGCUAUGACAACUAUGGAGGAGGCAAUUAUGGAAGUGGAAACUACAAUGACUUCGGAAACUACAACCAGCAGCCUUCCAAUUAUGGUCCAAUGAAGAGUGGAAAUUUUGGUGGCAGCAGGAACAUGGGGGGACCAUAUGGUGGAGGCAACUAUGGUCCCGGUGGCAGUGGAGGAAGUGGUGGCUAUGGAGGGAGAAGCCGUUACUGAGCUUCUGCAAGCUUGCCAUGGCUAUGAUAUGAAUCCUGGACAAGCAUAGACUGCUGCCACUGUACUCUGCUACAGUUGAACAAAUGAGACCUGCAAGUGUCCAUUAGUAAAGCUUUGCAAGGGUUCCAUCCCUGGUGUUGGUAGUUAAAAUGGUAGGUCACAUGUUAAUUAAAUCAUACAACUUUAUUUAUGCAUCCUGCAACAUUUUAUUUUUUCUUGGGAGACUAUGCAUUAUGGUGGUUGCAAGGUGAUGCAAUGAAGGUAGCGCUGUGCUGUUAAAAAUGAACUGUGUUGUUAUGUGUCUUGUCUGCUGUAAUCUAUAACACGUUUCAUCCUGAAGGUUCCCAAGUAACUUUAGACUGUUUACGUGUAAGGAAAAAAAAAAAUUGCACUACAGAAUACAUCUGCCUCUGUGAAGGAAUGUGUCGUCCAUUCUUGUAACUGCAUAAGCAGUUCUUUAGGAGGAGAGGUGAAAGCUUCGAAUGAAACUGCAGGUGGUAUUUUAUGAGUGUACAAUGUAAUUACCUAAAUUGGAAUUUGGCUAGAAUGAUGAGGUUUCCACCAUUUUUUAUAGUUCUUGCAGCUAAUAAACCUUAGUGCCAAAUUCAGUCAGCCUUACUCUCAUUGCAUUGAAUGUUUGAUCCUCAAAUUAAUGAAAAUUUGCCAAGUAAUGAGUCAUCUGAGUAAGGGUGGCAUACUCCAUAUGAUCUGGUUUUCAAACAAAAACCCACAAAACCUUAAAAAAGAAAAAAAAA